CUGCCGCCUUGGGGAGAGCUCAGCGGGAAAGGGCUGUUCCCCUGGGGCAGACGGCUCCCAGCCCGUGGUGGGGAACGCCAGUGCGGAGCGGCUCCUGGACAUGAAGGGGCCACAACUGGCACCUGCUGCCCGCCUGGGGGCACUAACCGACUCCCCUGGCGUGCAACUCCGCCCAGCGCCGUAUCGCAGGGUGUGAGGGGCUGGAGCCUCCCAGGGACAAUGAUGCCAGGCCGUGCCUGAGCCCACAGCUCUGCCAGCCAGAGCCCAGGAGACAGCGCCGCAGGGCCGAUGGAUGAACACCAUGAGGCUGCGCGGGGCCUGGUGCCGAAUGGCAGGAGGGGGCGAGCUGGGCGUGGCUGGGAGACGCGGUGCAGCUGCUCAAGUCCACGGAUCUGGGGAGGCACAGCCUCCUCUACCUGAAGGAGAUCGGCCACGGCUGGUUUGGGAAGGUGUUCCUGGGGGAGGUGAACUCGGGGCUCAGCAGCACCCAGGUGGUGGUGAAGGAACUGAAGGUGAGCGCCAGCGUCCAGGACCAGAUGCAGUUCCUGGAGGAAGCCCAGCCGUACAGGGCUCUCCAGCACACGAACCUGCUGCAGUGCCUAGCCCAGUGCGCCGAGGUGACGCCCUACCUGCUGGUCAUGGAGUUCUGCCCGCUGGGCGACCUGAAGGGCUACCUGCGGAGCUGCCAGGUGGCCGACUCCAUGGCCCCCGACCCGCUCACCCUGCAGAGAAUGGCCUGUGAAGUGGCAUGCGGCAUCCUGCACCUGCACAGGAACCACUACGUGCACAGUGACCUGGCUUUGCGGAACUGCUUACUCACUGCUGACCUGACCGUCAAAGUCGGGGACUACGGCCUGGCUCGCUGCAAGUACAAAACCCCGCAUGCUUGGCAGGAUGACUACUUCGUGACGGCCGACCAGCUGUGGGUGCCGCUGCGCUGGAUCGCGCCCGAGCUCAUCGACGAGGUGCAUGGCAACCUGCUCAUAGUGGAUCAGACCAAAUCCAGCAACGUCUGGUCUCUGGGCGUGACGAUCUGGGAGCUGUUUGAGCUGGGCAACCAGCCCUACUACCGCUACUCCGACCGGCAGGUGCUCACCUACGCCAUCAAGGAGCAGCAGCUCAAAUUGCCCAAGCCCCAGCUGAAGCUGUUGCUGUCUGAGCGCUGGUACGAGGUAAUGCAGUUCUGCUGGCUGCAGCCCGAGCAGAGGCCGACGGCGGAAGAGGUGCACCUGCUUCUCUCCUACCUGUGUGCCAAGGGGGCGACGGAGGCAGAGGAGGAGUUUGAGAGGCGCUGGAACUCCAUGAAGCCCAACAGCAGCUCCAGCAGCAGCCACCGCGGCACCGAGGUCUCCUCCUUCCCGCUGCUGGAGCAGUUCUCUGCCGAAGGCUUCCACUCAGAUGGGGACGACGUCCUGACUGUCAUGGAGACCAGCCAGGGCCUCAACUUCGAGUACAAAUGGGAGCCCAGCAAGGCUGAGUGCUUCCAGGUACCCACGGGGGCCCUGAGCCCCAGCAGUGCCGCCCAGUACCAGGACUUGUACUAUCCCACCGGCUCCACGGGGCGGCUGAGCCUCGGCGUCUCGCCGUCCUGCUAUGAGUGCAAGCAGCAGGGCUGCCCAAGCCUGCACGCGCCCAGCGUGGUGCCCAUCCUGGGGGCCCACAGCCCCUCGCUCAGCAGUGAGUACUACAUCCGCAUCGAAGGGCCCUCGGAGGGUCGCACCGAGCUGGACUACGCCGUGUGCUCCUACAGCCCCGACUGUGAGUACGGCUCCCCGGCCAAGGGGUCCCGCUGGCAAGCCAAGGGGGGCCAGGACAGUGGCACAUAUGACUCAGAUAACAGCCCCACUGUCUCCCUGACCAUGGAACCCCUGCUGGGCCACGCCACGCUCAGCGAGGGCUCUUGGGAGCAUCCCGAUUACUACCCCUACCAGUGCCACAGCAACGAGCCUCCGUACUACCAACCGUCCCCAGGCGAUGGCGCCGACCACUACCUGCUGGAGGAGGAGCCCUUGGAGGCCAGCAGCAAGGAGUGGCAGGUCCCCAGCUUCCAGAAGAACAUCUUUGAGGACCCUCUGGGCAUCUCCCCAUCAGUGAACUGUGCCUACGGCCCCCCCAGCUAUGAGGAGCCCCACCCAGCCCCCUUGGCAGGGAGGCUGCUGGAGUGUGUGGGGCAGAAGGUGGCCAUCAGGCCUCAGGGCUCCAGGCUGGACUGCAUCACCUUGGAGCUGGGCGAGGAGAGCCCGUGCGGCAGCCCCCAGUGCGGGAGCAGAGAGCGCGCGAGCGGGCUGGUCCCGGAGGAUGUGAGCACAGCGGUGCAGAGGCAGCACUGGACGUCCAACAGCUCGGCCAACAACAACAGCAGCAACUGCCCUCCUCCACCCUGCGAGCCCCCUGCCAACGACAGCUGGUGUUACCGCCACAUGAUCACCUUCCGGGGACUCAUGGCCGAGCCCCUGGACUCCGUGCCACGCGACGAGGCCCAGCUCAGGGACGCCUUGCAGGCGAGGAGGAGCCCGUUGGUCAAGGACUUGCGGCUAGCGCUGCAGGACCAGCAGCCCCUCACUGAGAACCAUAGCUUCUGCUUGGGUCCCGGGCAGCGCAGGACCCUGAGCAACAAAGAGGACUCUUCCUCUUCCUCCUCCUCUUCCUCCUCCUCCUCCCCCCACUGGGAGAGCCAUGACUCAUCCGCUUUCGACCUUUUGGAAGACACCGCGCUGGCAGGCGUUUCCAGUUCACGACGUGCCUCCGGUGCAGCACUCCCUACAGACUCCUCGGUCGGAGCUUCAGCCCAGAUGUGCCUGGAUGAUGCCAGCACAGCAUCAAGACAAGCCGAGAGAGGGGAGGGGACUCACCAUGCCCAAAUGCCACAGCCAAGGGGUAUGGAUCCACCAGGCCCUGUUGAUAUGGGACAUGCCGAGGCAGGGGCAGCUUGCCAGCUAUCUGAGAGCACCACCAUGCCGGCUGAGGGGGCAGCCCUCCCGCUAAGUCCUGGGGAGUGGGCUGUCCCGUAUGCCCACACAGAGGGCAACCCUUGUGCAGACUGCACCCAGAUCCCUUCAGAGGCCUCUGAGGUAGCUGGCCAAGUGCCCGGAGACAUUGCAGUGGAGAGUGGGAAGAGCAUCACAAGUGACCUGGACCGGACCCCAGACAAGACCUUCUCCAGCACCAGCUUCCCUGACAUGGAUGACUGCAGCGAUGAAGAUACCGCGGAGCUCACGUCUGGUGUCUUCACCGACUUCUCCGGAGACUACGUGGAACGAGUGGACGUGAUCCCAUCCUUCAAGUCUCUCCAGAAGCAGGUGGGGACGCCGGACUCCCUGGAAUCCCUCGACAUCCCAUCUACAGCCAGCUCGUGCGAAGUCUUCAGCCCCACCAGCUACGUCCCCUCCAGCCAGCCCAAGGCCCUGGACAGCGGCUAUGACACCGAGAACUAUGAGUCCCCGGAGUUUGUCCUAAAGGAGCCGCAUGAGCCCAGGGAGCCAGAGACUUUCACCCACCUGGGGAAGUCGCCCGUAGGUCUGGCGGUGGGCGAAGGGGACGGCGUGGCCUCAGAGAUGCACCUCUCCUCAUCCUUCAGCGCUGAGCUUCACGCCCUGAGUGAGAAGAACCCGUACCGCGACUCAGCCUACUUCUCAGACUACGACACCGACGCCGAGAGGUACCUCAAGGAGGAUGAAGACAGUGAUGGGUCUGAAGCCCAGGACAGGGAGGCGGGGUGCUUGCCGCUGGAUGCGCAAGACCUGGGAAGUGCCCCGAGCCAAAAGAGUGAUGGGGAGGAGCCGCCCCAGCCCCGCGACACCCCUGACAGCCCUCAGGGAGCUGCUUGCACCAUGGGGACUGGAGCUUCUGGUGUAGGCUUCUCAAUAGCAGGUGAAGUGGUGAGUCCCGGGGAAGGGAGCGCCCAGGCUGCCCACCCAGAGCCGGAGCUGGAGCUGGAAGGUGCCGCCAGGGCUGAGGAGACAGCUGCAGGCCACAGUCCAGACUCGGACGGCUCCAGAGAUACGACCUGGGACGAGUGCCCUGCCAUCCCCAGCAUCCCAGCAGAGUCGGUGCCAUCCAAGUCCUUCUUCCUGUCUCCCGUGGUAACGAGCCCGGAGGGCCCAGCCCUGUUGGUCCUGGCCAAAGCUGGUGGAGAAGAACUCCGGCAGGAAGGGCUCUCAGGCCUGCUGGGUGAGGCUGUAGCUCCUAGCUCCGAGCCUGAGGGGCCGGAGCACCCAUUAGAGGAGCCAGGGGUGCGAGUGGCCCCAGAAGGGGAAGCGCAGGAGGGUCCUGGCAGGGCCCUGGCAGAAGAGCUGUCACUAGCUCAGGGCCGGCAGUUGUCCCUGAAUCUCUCCCUGCGGCAGGCCCAGGCGGAGCUGCGGCCACCCGGCCCCGAGCGGCGGGAGGAGCCCGAGGACGAGGAGGAGGACACCGAGGACAGCGACGAGUCGGACGAGGAGCUGCGCUGCUACAACAUCCAGGAGCAGAGUGAGGAGAGCGAGGACGAGCCAGCCGCCGUGCCCAUCGUGGUGGCUGAGAGCCACAGCGCCAGGAACCUGCGCAGCCUACUCAAGAUGCCCAACCUGCUGUCCCAGACCUUCUGCGAGGACCUGGAGCGGAAGAAGAAGGCCGUGUCCUUCUACGACGACGUCACCGUCUACCUCUUUGACCAGGAAAGUCCCACUCGGGAGCUCAGCGACCAGACGUUCCCAGAGGUCACGGCGCCUUCGCUGCAGCCCGGGCAGAGCAACAGCACCAGCCCCACAAGCCCGGUGGACAGACUGAGCGCAUCGGACGACUCCUCGGACGGCAAUGCCUCUGAAGAGAGUGGUGGAUUCGAGUGGGAUGACGACUUUCCGCUCAUGCCCGUGAAGUCAUCGUUAAUGUCCUCACUGACGGUGACGCCGGUGAUGCCAGUCUCGGCCAUCCCCAGCCUUCCCUCGCUGGUCCCAGUCCAGAAGCAGGUGCUGCCGAUCCCGUUCUCCCGGUUCACCGUGUCUCCUGCGCCGGUGUCCAGGUUCUCCAUCACACACGUCUCCGACGCGGACAUGGAGUCCGUCGGAGGCAGCAGUGAAGACGGUGACAGAGAAUGAGCCUGCCCACAUGGUUGCUUGGACGUCUCCUGGUGUCGGUGUCGGCCUCAGGGCCAAGGAGAGAGGUUGAAGGACGGGAGCCGGGCGCAGCACCCGGGCUUCUGGGACCUUGCACUAUUUUUCUAGGCAGAUUUUAUCGGAAGGAUUUUGUUUGCUGCUAGCCGGAAUCGCUCCCGGUGGCGCUGCAGCGAGGCGGUUGGUGAUGACCGUGCGUGUGCGUGGGUGGGUGGGUGGGUGCGUGCGUGUAUAAAUAUACAUAUAUAAAUUAUAGCAUUUAAAGGGUAGCGCUGUGACCUUGCUAACAUCACUGAGUCUCCACCUUGGCCAUUUUGCGACCCAGCAGCUCACACCUCGUGGCUUCUUGCCCCCCUCUCCCCCGGCUUCCUGAGAAGAGUCAGACUCACCUCUCGGACACACCUGUCACAGACUCACCUGUGCUCUCCGGGCUGCCCGACGUGUAAGGAGCUUGGCAUUCCUGCGCUUUCACGUCAGAUGGGUGGGGCGUUCCACCCAUGCCCGUCUUUGGUUAUGGGCUUCCUCCUUCCUGCUGGGUGUUUGUAAUCUCCAGUAAGCACUGUUCUGCCUCCUGCUUCUGGAGCUGUUGGGAGAGGAGGGCUCAGGACGGUUACAGCAGAGCUUGAUGUUGUUGCCGAAGUCAGGAAGGAGCGGUAGCUACGGCAGUGGCAGCACCGUCCUAGCACAGAUAGGCCCUGUGCCUUGGCUUGGGAAAGAGCUGUGGCAAAGCAGGGGAGACGGCCUGGGUGGAGUCCAAACGCCCAGGCCCUAGGCUGAGCACUGGUGAUUAGAGGAAACUCUUGGCAUUUAUUUCUCUGUGAUUUACUUUUCCAGAACGCUCUUGCUAACAGCGCUUGCCCUUUGCCUCCGAUCUCCGGCUCCCCCGCAGGGCAUCUGGUAAGAGUCCCCUAGGAGCUGGGAGCAACUCAGUAAGAGCAGUUUGUAUUGCCCUGUCCUCCCAGCUCCCUGCUGUAGGCUGGCGUGUUCCCCCCACCUGCUUUUCUCCCAGCUGUGUCCUCCCUGUGUGGGUCCCUGCCAUUCUUCUAGUGUCACUAGAGCCCAGGUGCGGCACCUGCCUGCCCCAGAAUUAUAGCUGAGUAGAAUAGUACAGGCCAAGGGCAGGGCUGGGCUGGGAGCCAGGCAUUCCCAGCUUGGACACGUACUCCCUUGACGCCUCUGUGGCCUUAGGUAAGUCACUGAGCCUCCCUGCCUCAGUUUCCCCAUCUGUAAAAUGGGGAUAAUAAUACUUGCUUGUCCUGCCUUGCAAGAGGUGAUGUGAGGAUGGCAGCCUUCGUGCCUAGCAAGUGCUCUGGUAAGUGCUAAGUAUUAUUAUCUGGCCAUGUUUCAUCCCUGAGGGAGAGCCAUACCCUAAGGUGUUUGUGUUUUCCCCAUAUGCCCACGCUCCUAUCGCACCUGUAAGUGGAGCCCUCUUGGCAUCGCACCCUGUGCAGUGGAGGGCGAGGCCAGGGAGUGGGAGCCCAGUGCUCUCCUUGGUAAUGGGGCUGGCAGCAUAUUGCCUGGCACCAACGGGCAAGGCCUUCAGGGGCGGUUUUGUGCCAGACUGCCAGGCAUCCCAGCAGCUGGUGCGUGUCCGGAGAGCUGGUAGCCGGGUGCUGCUGGGAGGCGUCAGGUGUAUAGCUAAGCGGAGGAACUGCCAUCUGUACUAUUUUUGUAAAACUGAACAAACCUGCCGUCGACUGAACUAACUCCAAUGUGCUGUAAGUUAUUGUUGCCAAAGAGAUGUAAAGAGUUCAGCGAGGGGCGAGGUCGCUGUUGUUUUUUAUUUUUAUUAGUUCGAGGCUUAGGAUAAUUGUGCAAUUCUGCCUUCCCGAAGGAAAAGAGACUAAAUGGAGCAGAGAGCAGCCUUGAAAUCAGGGGGUUGUUUCCUUUUGGGCCUAUAGACCAAACGCUGAGGUGAGCAAUCAGCCCCCCCCCGCCCCCCUAUCACUAUCCUUGCCUGCUUGCAGACUUUGGGGCGGGUGGGGGCGUGUGCGUGUGGCAGCUCUGUUUGAAUUUGCUUUGUUUUCGAUCCUGUUGUGCCUGGGCAGUGCUGUGCGUUUGGCAGAGAUUAAGAGGCAGCAAAACGGGCACCAUGCUCGGCUCCUCUCCCCCAUGUGGUGCUGGCAAAGCCUACGGCUCUCGCUCCCACGUGCGUUUCACUGUUGGACUGUGACUGUGGGGCGUGAAAAGCACGUUAACCUCUCCCUCCAUCUCCUCCUCCCCACCCCCCGGGCCCCUGGCUCUGUAUGCCUCCCGCUGCUCCUGGCUGGGUCAUUUCACCUGGCAUUGUCCCGGCUCCCUGCAUGGCCUGUCCCCUCUGGAGCGAGGGCGGUCGGUUUGCAGAGCUGCAGUGUCGGCUGGGGCUGUGCAUGGCUCCCCGGCAGGGCUGGCAGUGUGUGUCAGGGGCCCUGCUUAGCUCUGGUGCGAGGGAUGGUAGGGACUGCCACUGGCAAAGUCACCGUUGGGAUUGGCGGUGGGAGCUCUGCGAACUAAGCGGCUGUGCCUUGCCUCCCACCCCGACCACAGCCCAGCCCAUGUUCUGCCAGUCCGUGGGUUGGACUAGCAGCCCCAGCCCCUCCUCUUACAUGGGCACGGGGGUUGCUGGAUGCACGUAUAUGUGGAUGUGCAGCCCCCAUCCCAGUGACUGUUCCUUUGGGCCUUGUCUGGGCCUGCCCAGAGACCAGGCCCUCGGCUUUGGCUGGGAGAGUGCAGGUACGGCCCUGCACAGAAUGCACUCCCUGCACACCCGCCACGUGGGGCUCAGAGGAGGCAGAGGUCCCGGCCCCAUCCCUCUGCACUAGUGGUGACUGCACCCAUAGCGAUGGUGAACCCCGCUACAUCGUCUGCUGCAGC